AUGCAUCCAUCUGACUAUAUUCUGGCACUUUCUGCAAUCCUUCUACUCACUACAGUAUCCCAUGUGGCUGCUGUUCGUUGCAAAUGUACAAAAGAGUCUGAAACAGUGACAUGUACAGAUGGAGUAUGUGAAACUGAAAAUGGAUCUUGUCUCAUGUUGGAUCAUCCCACAAUGGGAGUUCAUUACACAUGUCACACGAGAGGAUUGAAAGAUGGAUCAUGUCAUAACAAAACAUCGAAAAGUGGAGCUGAAGUGAGAAUUUGUGGUUGCAACUCUCAAGAUUUCUGUAAUUUCUCGAUGUGGCCUGACAAGUAA